GGCACGCCUCUACCGGUCGCCUGCCGAGCGGACGGAGUGCGGUCCCGAACCCAGCCCGCCUCCCAGCCCCUGCUGUGGGCGCGGCUGCACCAUGGAACGCCUCGAUAAAGCGGCGCUGAAUGCGCUGCAGCCGCCCGACUUCAGAAAUGAAAGUUCAUUAGCAUCUACCCUGAAGACGCUCCUGUUCUUCACAGCUUUAAUGAUCACUGUACCUAUUGGGUUAUAUUUCACGACUAAGUCUUAUGUUUUUGAAGGCGCCUUUGGGAUGUCCAAUAGGGACAGCUAUUUUUAUGCUGCUAUUGUUGCGGUGGUCGCCGUCCACGUGGUGUUGGCCCUCUUUGUUUAUGUGGCCUGGAAUGAAGGCUCACGACAGUGGCGUGAAGGCAAACAGGAUUAAGUUGAACAUCACCUUUUGAUAGCAUUAAAUUGAUUUUUAAAAAUGGUAAAUGUGUCUCGGAUAUUGAUGAUUUCAAUAAAGUUGAGAACAUGUUAAAAUCAAUCUGAAGGAGUCACAUUUGACUAGUGUAAAUUUUGGUCCUUCUAAUCCAAUGAUUUGUAUCAUCAGUUUUAACUGUAUGAGCCUCUCAUUUGCCAAUGAAAAUUUGGAAAAGUUAAGUUGGUCACUAACAAGUAUGUU